GCCGACCGCUCGCUCAUUGAUCCUGGGGGCAUAAUGGAGGACAUGUUAGUACGAGUGGGCAAGUUUUGCUAUCCGACGGAUUUUGUGAUCCUUGAUAUAAGCGAGGACUCGGAUAUGCCACUCAUACUAGGACAUCCCUUUCUUGCCACCGCCAAGGCGUUAAUUGAUGUUAAUGGGGGGACCUUGAUUCUGAGGGAUGGUGAGGAGAGGAUCACUCUUGAAAUUGAAUCUAAGGCUAGAAAUGAGGAUGUGAAGGAUUUGGUAUCGGAUGACUUGAAUGAGAGUGGAGGAGAGCCUCUCAAGGCGAACCCCACUAUUACUUGUGUUGCUUGUGAUGAUGUUAAGCAGGAAGUUAAGGAGGGUACUAUGCCCAAAGAAAGGAAGAAGAAAGCUUGGAAGGAAAGAUGAAGCAAGCUUUGGCCUGAAGGAAGGAGAAGGGCAAACCUAAGGUCGUCGGCCAAGAAGGCCACCUCGUGGAGCUUAGGUUGGGAGGCUACAUGCCUCGCCACGAGAACGUGGCGGAUCCACUCUCGGUGGCAUCAUUUUCCAAAGCAUGAUAGAUUCGCAACGUCAAGCUAGUGACGUUAACUUAGCGCUUGUUGGGAGGCAACCCAACGUAGGUUUGUUUUCUUUUCCUUAUUUUCAAUUUUGGAGUGUCGAGUGAAGAGUUCUAGUGAUCAAGUGGUAUCCCCGUGCCAAGUUUUUUGGUUUUCCGUUUUGAGGUUGUGUCGUGAUCGAUAGAAGGCACGGUGGAUUAGGUCGAGUCAACUUUUUUUCAGAAGUGUCAUGUUUUAGCUGAGGUUCACGGCCGGUUGUCGACUAGCCACAGUUUAUGGCCGCAUUGAUGUGUUCACGGUCUUAACGACGGUGAACUGGCAAACGCGUCUGUGAACUGCCAACGUCGUCUAUAAAAAGGGGUGUGAACG